AUGAACGCGCACGCUGCAAACGAUUGCUCCCCAUUACCUCUUCCCGCCUCCCCGUUUCCCCUUCCCGCCUCCCCAAUUCCCCUUCCCGACACCCCAUUUCCUCUUCCCGCUCCCCACUACCCCUUCGCGCCUCCUCGUUUCCCCUUCCCGCUCCCCAUUACCCCUUCCUGCCUCUGCAAUUCCCCUUCCCGCCACCCCAUUUCCUCUUCUCGCUCCCCAUUAUCCCUUCCCGCCUCCUCGUUUCCCCUUCCCGCUCCCCAUUACCCUUUCCCGCCUCCCCAAUUCCCCUUCCCGCUCCCCAUUACCCCUUCCCGCCUCCCCAAUUCCCCUUCCCGCUCCCCAUUACCCCUUCUCGCCUCCCCAAUUCCCCUUCCCGCUCCCCACUACCCCUUCCCUCCUCCCCGUGACCCCUUCCCGCUUCCCCAUUACCCCUUCCCACUCCCCAUUUCCCCUUCCCGCCUCCCCAAUUCCCCUUCCCGCCUCCCCGCUUCCCCUUCCCACUCCCGAUUAUCCCUUCUCGCCUCCCUUCUCAAACUGCCGAACACACAUCACAGUCGCCGCCCGAUCGCACAGCCUCGCUACCACCCCCUCAUCCCCCCCUUUCUCCCUCUCAUCUCCCCCCCUGCUCCCUGUCAUGUCCCCACCUUCUCUCUCUCAUGUCACCCCCUUCUCCCGCUCAUUCCCCCCCAUUCUCCCUCUCAUUUCUUCCCCUUCCCCCUCUUAUAUCUCCCCCUACUCCCUCUCAUUCCCCCCAUGAAGCCCCUCAUUCCCCCCCUUUCUCCCUCUCAUCCUCCCCCCUGCUCACUGUUAUGUCCCCCCUUCUCUCGCUCAUUUAAAUGCCACAUAACCUCCCUCUCAUUUCCCCGCAUUCCCCCCCCCUUCCCCCUCUCGUUUCCCCCCAUCUCCCUCUCCUUUCCCCACGUGCUCCUUCUCAUUCCCCCCCCCUUCUCCAUCUCGUUUCCCCCCCGCUCAUUUCCCCCCCGCUCAUUUCCCCCCAUCUCCUUUCAUUUUCCCCCCUUCUCCCUCUCAUAUGCUUCUAACCCCUACCCCAUACCCAUCCAUCCCCUGUCAUACCCUUCCAUUCCCUUCCAUACCCUUCCAUACCUUCCAUUCCCUUCCAUACCCUUCCAUUCCCUUCCAUACCCUUCCAUUCCCUUCCAUACCCUUCCAUUCCCUUCCAUACCCUUCCAUACCUACCAUUCCCUUCCAUACCCCAGCCAUACCCUUCCAUACCCUUCCAUUCCCUUCCAUACACUUCCAUUCCCUUCCAUACACUUCCAUUCCCUGCCAUUCCCUUCCAUUCCCUGCAUUCGUGCACAGGCAUAUGACUAG